AUGGCAUCCAUCAGCAGUACCGACAGCAAACCUAUGCCUCGGCUUUCCCUGCCGGAGCCGAUCUUUUCGAUCACUCCAGGCACAUGGGCGUAUGAUACCAUGAGCCGCCGGAUUGAUGCCGAAAUCCUACAACGCACAUGGGACGACAAUCGGGAAAUUUGGUCACAACCUGCCUUCAUUGACGUCAAAAAACGUUUCGAAGCAUUGCGAUUGGAGCUCCAGACUGCCGCCGACACCAAGCUGACGUAUUUGGAUCCCCUAUCGGAAGACGCAUCGGAAGAACGCAAGCAAGAAUGGAAUGAGUGGAUGAAUAUUGUGAGUCCUUUUGUUGAAAAGGAUGAUACGUGGUUGUCCGCUCCCUGGAUGGUCACAGAGUUCUAUGUUUAUCGAAAAUUGAUGCAGUGCUUGGACUAUUGGAAUCCAGAGUCCCCGGGGUAUAUGUAUGAUCCAUUUUCCUCACAGAAAGAUGCGGGCCUGUCGUCUUCUGUAACGUCAGCGGAAGCUAUGCUGGCAAAGAUUCCGGAUCUCCCCAAGAAUGCUGCGGGCAUCGAAAUUGCGGUAUCUAUUGCCUUGUGGGGCAACAAAAUGGACUUGAGCCUAUGGCCAGCGGAUGCGUCUACAGCAGAUCAAGAUGUCUUUUCUGAGAUCCUGGACGCUGCCACCGAAAAUCUUUUGCACGACGAUACGGAAGUUUUGGCAGCCCACUGUGACAAGCUACGAUCCAAAGGGGGCGGUAUGGUGGAUAUUAUUGUGGAUAACGCCGGCUUUGAGCUCGUCACAGAUUUGGCAUUGGCACAGCACUUGGUGGAGUCCGGUAUUGCGAAAACCGUCACUUUUCAACUCAAAUCUCAUCCAACCUUUGUGUCGGACGCGCUCGAAAAGGACCUCCUCCAGACAGUUGAACACUAUGUUAAUAUUGAUAUGGAUAAAUUCCCGAAUGCUCACAAAGCUGGUCUCGUGUGGCACAAGUUUCUAAGUACAGGUCAAUGGAAAUGUAGCGAGAAUAGCUUUUGGGUUCAGGGUGCUGCCAUGUGGGAAAUUUCUGCACAUCUUCGAGCAGACAUGUCCUCGCGGUGUGAAUUAGCCUUUGUCAAGGGUGACGCCAACUAUCGACGUCUUCUGGGUGACCGUCGUUGGCAUUAUACCGCACCAUUCGAGGAGGUUGUCGGGGCUUACUUUCCCUGCCCGGUGUGCGCGCUACGAACUCUGAAGGCUGAGCUAGGAUGCGGCAUGGAUGCCAAUCAAGUAGAGCGCGCCUCCAAAAUGGAUGAAAACUGGAUGGUCAAUGGUCGUUUUGGUGUCGUCCAGUUUGGGUAUGGUUUCGAUGAACCCACAGAUUGA